CACGCCUCUUUCUCUCUCAUCCGAUCCGUCCCCCCGGUCGCGGUAGCGUUGCGAUGUCGGGGGUUUUACGAUGGAAGAAGCUCCGUGACACGGCGACGCGCGUCGCCCGGAGCGCCGCCGCGGCGUCCGCCACUGACCGUGAGACACCCUGCCGACUCUCCCGCCGCCGCCCGAUCUCCGCCAUCGCCGGUGACCAUCACCGCCGCCUCCUCCUACAGGCGCCUGCGUCCCCCGCCCUCGCCACAUCCCGCCGCAGCUUCGGCCUCCUUCGGCAGGAGCGGCACAAGUGGGACGGCGGAGCCGACGAGUUCCACACUCGCCGCAUCCGUGCCGAGGCCCAGUGCCCUUGCUGCUCCCACUACAUGGACAUCCUCUUCUCCAACGCCUCCCCGUUCUCCAUCGCCGGUGGAGGCGGAGGAGGGUACCAGGCCCUUAACCUCUGCCCUAGCUGCAAGACCGCCUACUACUUCCGUCCCAACAAGCUCGUCCCCCUCCGGGGGACCUUCGUGGAGGUUGGGCGCGUCCGGGACUCCGGACCUGGGAAGGACAUGAAAGAUGAUGACGAUCACGGGAACCGAAUCAAGAACUCCUGGGAGGCGCUGAGAUUGUCUUAUGGUGGGGAGCCGCCGGAGAAUUGGCCGCCCGUGCCUGGACCGCCGGAGACCAAUGGUUUGGCAGUGCACGCACCACCUGGACUGCCGUACCCGCCAAACUUGAAUGUGGUCAGGGUGGCCGGACCUGGUGGAAGCGGGGGAGGAGGUGGGUCAGCCUCUAGCGGUGGGUUAGGUGGCAAGGAAGGGUGGGGAGGGUCGAAUUUGGGAAAGGAUUUGCCAACACCGAAGGAAAUAUGCAAGGGGCUCGAUAAAUAUGUUAUUGGGCAGGAGCGCGCAAAAAAGGUGCUUGCUGUUGCUGUGUACAAUCACUACAAAAGAAUAUAUCAUGCAUCCUUACAAGAAGGCUCUGAAGCCAACCUGGGGAAUUCUGACACAGAAGGUGAUAAUGAUAAUAAUGUAGAGCUAGAGAAAAGCAAUGUGCUCCUGUUGGGCCCUACUGGUUCAGGAAAGACAUUGCUUGCUAAAACUUUGGCUCGUUUUGUGAAUGUGCCAUUUGUCAUAGCAGAUGCAACCACACUGACACAGGCAAGUUAUGUUGGAGAGGAUGUAGAAUCGAUAUUGUACAAGUUGCUUACGGUUGCUGAGUUCAAUGUGCAGGCAGCACAACAGGGAAUAGUGUACAUUGAUGAAGUUGACAAGAUCACUAAGAAGGCUGAGAGCCUAAACCUUAGUAGAGAUGUAUCUGGUGAAGGUGUUCAACAAGCAUUGUUGAAGAUGCUAGAAGGAACUAUAGUCAAUGUUCCAGAGAAGGGAGCUCGGAAGCACCCACGUGGUGACAAUAUACAGAUAGAUACCAAGGAUAUUCUUUUCAUAUGUGGUGGAGCUUUUGUUGAUCUGGAAAAGACUAUUUCAGAAAGGCGACAAGACUCUUCUAUAGGGUUUGGAGCACCAGUUCGAGCAAACAUGAGAAGUGGUGGGUUGACAAAUGCUGUUGUGGCGUCAUCUUUGUUAGAAUCUGUCGAGAGCAGUGAUCUUAUAGCAUAUGGUCUUAUUCCAGAAUUUGUUGGGCGUUUCCCGAUACUAGUUAGUUUGUCAGCUCUAAGCGAGGACCAACUUGUUCAGGUGUUGACAGAGCCAAAGAAUGCUCUUGGUCGUCAGUACAAGAAAUUGUUUAGCAUGAAUAAUGUUAAGCUGCAUUUCACAGACGCAGCUCUUAGGUUGAUUGCAAAGAAAGCAAUGGCCAAGAACACUGGUGCACGAGGUUUAAGAGCCAUUUUGGAGAAUAUACUUAUCGAGGCCAUGUUUGAGAUUCCUGAUGUGAAAACUGGAGAUGAGCGAAUUGAUGCUGUUGUGGUGGAUCAGGAAGCUGUUGGGUCAGUUGACAAACCAGGAUGUGGAGCCAAAAUUUUACAUGGGGACGACGCAUUGGAUCACUACCUUUCUGAGAACAAGAGAAGUGAUGUCAUCGUCGAAGUUUCAGAGGGCGAGCUGGAAGGAGACUCUGAGCUCACAUCCGGAGCAAUGGGCAUGUGAUUUGCACUAAACACCACACAUUGUAUAAUCUACAUGUCAGUCCCAUUGUUGUGUAAAACUAUCCUUGUACACAAGUCAAAAAUACCGCAGCAAGAAUCAAGUGAUGUUUUAAGAUCAAGUUGGCAAAGAAAUCAUGGAAGCAGUUUCCUUGUUAUCUCACAUUGGUGGCAUAAUCCAGCCCAUUAAAGCAUAAAAACAUUAUGUAAUUACACUCUGGUGUCCUCUAGCAAAACUUUAUACUAGCUAAUGACAUGAUGAUAUGUUGUCACUGAAUGUUCAGCUGACUUUUGCAGGAGAGUCAACUUCAAUCAAUCUUAAAUUUCACUGUCAUUGCAUGUCUUCUUGUUCAUGACUUUCAUAUCAAGUUUUCCUAGUUUUCAGGACUUCUAUGGUGAGAGAAACAACAGGAGGUUUGUAAGACUUCAGAAUUAGAUCAUAACAGUUUAAAGGAGUGCAACUGUGGAAUGUUCGACACAAAGCAGUGGUUGGGAUUUAUGUGAGCUAUGGUAACUUAGCAAUAGAUGGGAUUUAACUGCUCCUCUAUCCAACACAAGGAACAGAGGCCAGCAUUGUUCCUUGCUAAGAUCAUCAUCUGCCGUGUCACCACAACCGCAGCCAGCCGUAACUUAGGAAUAGAUUGCCUUUCGGAGUCGCAGCCAAUCGCAGCCCUCGAACGUAGAUCCUGCAUGGCCCCACCACAUCCACCAGUCCAACCAUUUAGGACCCCCGCAGCAACUGCAUCCAUCCAUCGACGCCAUUCCAUGGCGUCCAUAGCGGCGGCGACGGCUCCGGCUUCCCUCGGCGCGUCCGAGCUCCUCGGCACGCACCUCACCACCGCUGCCACAACUCGGUCGGCCCCUCCACCUUCCGCUGGUUCAUCAAAGAUCGUUGCACUGUUCUCCAAGAAGGCUGCGCCGCCUCCUCCCAAGUCGAAGCCAGCUGCUGUUUCCCCAGCCGACGAGGAGCUCGCCAAGUGGUAUGGUCCCGACAGACGAAUCUUCCUGCCGGAAGGUCUCUUGGAUCGCUCGGAGAUUCCAGGGUAUCUCACCGGAGAAGUGCCGGGAGAGUGAGUUUGAGAUGAGAUAUAAUUGCUGUGCCAAUCAACAAAAAAAGAAUCGUUCUCUGCCUUCCUUGCAGCUAUGGUUACGAUCCUUUUGGGCUGAGCAAGAAACCAGAAGACUUCGCCAAAUACCAAGCUUACAAGCUCAUCCAUGCAAGGUGGGCAAUGCUCGGUGCCGCCGGCUUCAUCAUCCCGGAGGCCUUCAACAAGUUCGGUGCAAACUGUGGCCCCGAGGCCGUCUGGUCCAAGGUUCCGCAACUAAUGCUGCUUAUGCUCUGUUGUUUGCCCACGCACUUCCAUGGCAUCGACGAAACCAGUGGCCUGUCGGCAGACCGGGGCGCUUCUUCUGGACGGGAGCACGCUGAACUACGUCGGGAAGAACAUCCCCAUCAAUCUUGUCGUUGCAGUCAUCGCUGAGAUAGUGCUCGUCGGAGGUGCAGAGUACUUCAGAAUCAUCAACGGACUGGAUUUGGAGGAUGUUAGCGUAAACAACCUUAAGUCGUGGCCUCGGGGUCGACGCGACUUGGUUCGGGUCCGAAUGAUGGGAUCUUCUCGAGACGGCCUUCGAGUCCGCCGAGGUGGUCGGGUGCGGUGGUUGGGACGAUGUUGUUGUCUCCUCUGAGCGAGAACUCGCCUUCGUAUCUCGCGGGAACCUUCGGCUUCGCUCCUGCACAAAGGUCGGUCGGGGUGCUCGGCCCGACCCCUCCGACGAUCAAGUUAGUUGACGUGAAGGGGGAUUCAGAUGAAGAUAUUGUUUUGUGUGUCUAUUUCUUUUUCCUCUCCCUUUUCCGUUCGGAAUGCAAGGGUAUUUAUAGGGAAGCUUACUGUUUUCUGAUGUACCCGCUUGUAGAGGCAGGCUGGUAACGUCUGAGUCUAGUGUUGGCAUGGUAUGAAGAACCGAGCCUGAGCAAGCGUUAAUGCGUCUCGGCCGAUGUUAUGACUCGUUUGAUCAGGUGCUGUCGCGUCAAUCGAGACGUGAGACGUCUGAUGUCAGCUUAGUCUUAUCAUAAUUACUAUCCUCAUCAGAGGAUAAGCUCCACCCUUGAGGGCCAUUCGAUCCGUUGGGGCUGACGAAUGAUCCCGACCAAGCCGCGCUGCUGAAGGUAAGGAGAUCAAGAACGGGCGGCUGGCCAUGUUUGCCAUGCUCGGCUUCUUCCUGCCGGCCUAUGUCACCGGAGAAGGGCCGGUGGAGAACCUCACAAGACAUCUGAGUGACCCAUUCGGGAACAAUCUGCUCACUGUCAUCUCCGGAGCUGCUGAAAGAGCUCCAACUCUGUGACUCCCCAAAUCUUCUCAUCUUGUUCGCAUCGUAAACUGUCAUUUGAGACUUUGAAGUAAUUCCCAUUUCAAUGCAAACCUCCAUGAUUACAUCUC